UCUGGGGGAGCUGUGCGCGAGGGGACACCAUUUCCGGUGUGUUCCAUUUCCGGGGGAGCUGGGUGCUGAGACGGACCACUUCCGGCGGAAGUUCCCUGGGGGAAGCGGGAGCGGGAGGACCCCGGGCCCGGCCCCGCCAUGGCCGCGGUCCCCGACCCGGAGCCGACCCUUGAGGUGGGCUCCGACCCGCUGGCGGAUCCCGACGUAGAGGCGUUACCACGGAGCGGGUUCCGUUGCCGCCUGUGCCAGGUUUCCGCGGCCAACCGGCCGAGCCUGGCGGAGCAUCUGCGGGGGAAGAAGCACCAGCGAUUGCGGAGCCUGCGGGCCGAGCGCCGGGCCCAGGAGCAGCGGAGCCUCUUUGUCAGCGGUUUCGCCCGCGGUACCUCGGGUGAGGAGCUCGCCGCGUAUUUCGGGGCUUACGGAGACGUGGCGGCUGUCGUGAUGGACAAGGAGAAGGGUGCCUACGCCAUCGUGGAGCUGCGGGAUGCCGCGGGCCGGGAGCGGGCGCUGGCGGAGACCCAACACGACCUGGCCGGGCAUCGGCUUCGUGUCCGGCCCCGGGAGCAGAAGGCCUUUGCCUACGGACCCUCGGGGCGCAGCCCUCGCCGGGAGCCCCUCGGCCCGGGGCGGCUGGAGCCGGCGCUUUGGCAGGUUGCGGAUGUGGAUGCCCAAAUGUCAGAGCUGGUGCGGCUGCUGGAGCUGAGUGAGGAUGAGCGGCGUGUGCGGCACCUCCUGGUCACACUUUUCCAGGAGGUUUUCACCGAAUUCUUCCCCGGCUGCACCAUCGUGCCCUUCGGCUCCUCCAUCAACGGCUUCGACAUCCACGGCUGCGAUCUUGAUCUGUUCCUGGACCUGGAGCCGACCAAAUCCCUCCAGGCGUCAACGCGAGACGCUCCCGGGGCCGGAUCCGGCGCGGAGGAUUCUAUCCUGAGCGAUAUCGACUUGGCAGCGACACCGGCACCGGAGGUGCUGGAGUUGGUAGCGGCCGUGCUGCGGCGCUGCGUGCCGGGCGUGCGCCGCGUCCGGGCCGUACCCACCGCCCGCCGCCCCGUCGUGAAGUUUUGCCACAAACAGUCGGGGUUGGCGGGCGACAUCUCCGUCGACAACAGGCUGGCGCUCCUCAACACGCGGUUCCUGCAGCUUUGCGCCGAAGCGGACGAGCGCGUGCGGCCGCUGGUCUACGCAGUGCGGCUCUGGGCCAAGCAGCAGGGCCUGGCAGGAAACCCUUCCGGCGGCGGCCCCCUCCUCAACAACUAUGCCCUGACGCUGCUGGUGCUGUUUUUCCUGCAGACGCGCAGCCCCCCCGUGCUGCCCACCGUCACCCGGCUGCGUGACUUGGCAGGGGAUGACGACCGCGUCGUCGUGGGUGGAUGGGACUGCAGCUUCCCCCGGGACGCAGCGUCUCUGGAGCCCAGCGCCAACACCGAGAGUCCCUGCUCGCUGCUGGCCGAAUUCUUCCGCGUCUUCGGGGAUUUCGACUUCGCAGGGCAGGUGAUCUCGCUGCGGGAGGGUCGGGCGUUGCCGCUGCCGCCUCCCGCCGCCCCCGAGGCCGGCGAGGAGCUGAAGUUGGGACCCCUGAACCUGCAGGACCCCUUCGAGCUGAACCACAACGUGGCAGCCAACGUCAACGAGAAGACGGCGUCGCGUUUCGGGCGUUGCUGCCGCGACGCGGCCAAGUACUGCCGCAGCCUACAGUACCGCCGCAAAUCCAGCAAGGGCCGGGCUUGGGGGCUGACGCGGCUCUUCCAGCCGGGUGCGGUGGAGCCAGGGGCAGCGGGUGCCGGCGCUUUCGUCAUCUCCAUCCCCUUGGACGUUGCCAGUGAACCCCAGCAGCUCUGCCGGGAGCCCGGUGGUCACGGUCCGUGGUUCCGGGAGGUCUGCGCCGCCAUCGCCUUCGUGCUGAGGGACGUUCUCAAGUGCGAUUGCGCCGCGGGGAAACCGCUGAGCGCUCCCAGCGAGGAAUCCGAGCUCCCGGGGGACUCGGCGCUGUCCCAGGAACUGGACGCAGAGGAUUCGUCCGCGGCGGAGCCGCCGUCGGUGGGUUCCAAACGUCGCCUGGCUGAGGAGACGAACGGCGCCGUGCUCCCAGACGGGAAGAAACCGCGGACGAACGUCCCCGAGGCUACGGCAAACUGGAGCUGCGCCGUCUGGCACCGCGUGUGGAUGGGCAGACGCCGCGUACGCCGGCAGCUGCGGCACGGGGAUGACCCGGAGCGGUCGGACGGCGACUCGCUGGAGCAGAAGGUGUCGGAGGCCGUCGUGCGGCAGGAGGGCGCUGGGCGACCACCGGAACCGCUGCUGCGCUUCGAGGCCGGCGCCCGGGUGGCCAGCACGCGGCGAGAGACGCGGGUGCUGCUACGCCUGGUCCCUUCCCCAACCCCUCCCGGACCCCUUUUCCGGGAUUUUUUCCACUUUUUGCAGAGUUUCCUGCCCGUCGCGGUGCAGCAGCGCCUGGGCCAGGGGCCAGCGGGGGACCCGGACCCCCGGGACGGAGGGGGUGGGGGGGUGUUUUCUCCGUCAUGAAUUUUUGCAGUAAAAGGUUUGUUUUGCA